AUGUAUGCGUUAUUGAAUGAACCAGCAUACCAAACGGUAUCCAAAGACCCCACACCUUCCGUCCAAAGACAGAACAACUCGCUCAUUACCAGAUUGCUCAAUCUCAAGCUCAUCGACACUAAAACAUCUAUGCGCCUAAAAUCAAAUACAGCUGUAUGCCCACGCAUAUACGGACAACCCAAAGCGCACAAACCCAACUUGCCACUGCGCCCGGUGGUCCCCAAUAUCACAGCACCGACAUAUCAACUUGCCAAGUUCAUAGGCAGUAUACUAAAAUCAUCAUUCCACAGUGAGUACAACACACCCGACAGUUUCCAGUUCACCGAGUAUAUACAACAGGUCACCCUUCCACCUGACUAUGUCCUAGUGUCGUUUGAUGUGGUCUCUCUGUACACAAAUAUACCAACAGAGCUGGUCACCCAUGAUAUCAUCAUGGACUGGCGUAACAUUAAAGUUCACACCAACAUUAAUUUGGAUUUGUUUCUCGAGCUAGUCGAGUUUUGUAUUAAAAGCAGUUACUUCAGAUUCCGGGAAAAACACUACAAGCAAACGUUCGGCACAGCCAUGGGCAGCCCCCUAUCGCCCAUUCUAGCUGAUAUUAUUAUGGAAAACUUACUACAAACUUCAAUCAAACGACUUCCAUUCACCAUUCCGGUAAUCCGCAAAUAUGUUGACGAUCUAUUCUUGGCGCUCCCCAAAGACAAAGUACAACAAACUCUGGAUACUUUUAACGCAUACAAUCAACAUCUACAGUUUACAAAAGAAGAGGAGAUCGACAACAAACUUCCGUUCUUAGACACAGUAGUAACUCGACAUUCAGACCAAACACUAUCUACACGCUGGUACGCAAAACCGAUAGCAUCAGGCCGUCUUCUGAACUACCAUUCUUUCCACCCGCUAUCGAUGAAAAUGAACGUCGCUCAACAAUUCAUUAAAAGAGUGACUGGUCUCACCACGGAUAACUGCCCUAACUUGCAGCAAAAUAUAAUUUUUCAACAUCUCCGUAGGAACAAUUACCCAUCAUCACUCAUCAACAGACUUAUAUCCCGCAAUGCAAAAAUAUUCUGCCCCUCCAAUAACUCUCAACAACCGGAUAAAAAUAAAAAUGCAUCUAACACAAGAGAUCCUCCCAACGAUUGCAGUCCGUCCACCGACCAGGUUUACAGAUCACUGCCAUACGUACCAUCACUCAGCACAUCUAUAGUAAGCAUUCUAAAAUCCGAUUACCCAAAUGUUAAAAUAGCAUCAAAACCAAUCAGCACCACAUCCAAACUAAUGCUGAACGUCAAAGACCCCGUAGAUCCUCUGUUGCAAUCUAAUGUCAUCUACAGUCUGCCUUGUGGGAACUGCCCAAUGUACUACAUAGGAAUGACACGGAAUCAGCUCAAAACAAGACUGUACGGCCACAAAACCAACAUAAACCAGUAUGUACGAUUAAAAACCGACGGCGCAAUCACCACCGACGAACAGCUGAUCAGUCUCGGUGAGAAAACCGCUCUCAUCGAACACAUGAUCAAAAACGACCACAAUUUUGAUCUCACCAAAGCUAAGAUCAUUGAUAAAACCUAUCGAUCGACGGCUCUACCAAUACUUGAAAUGUGCCACAUCUCAAACACCGCCAACACCGUCAACCAUCGCACCGAUGUAGAUGGUCUCAACACUACCUACGCCGGCAUCCUACACACACUGAAAACGACCAGCACUCGAAGGAAUAGAAACACAGAAACCAGUGAUGACAGUUGUUUUGGCUCACAAUUGCUAUCAAUCCCUCCAUACGCAAUCAGUGGGUCACCAUCUUCAAACCAGACGUAG